CUGAAUGCCAACCAACCCCGAUACCACUCCCCCUAACUUGGCCAUCGUGAAAACAAAGAACAUCUCAUCCAUUCAUUCGAGCUAUUUAACAUUCAGAGCGCGAAUUAUCCGGAUGACAAUACAGAGAAGGGGAGAGCAUGAAGUGAAAGCAGGAAAAUACGACCGAGCAGCUGAUACGCAUUCGCAUGUUGCCUCACUAAAAGGAAAACUCACUUUAGGUACCAGAGGGAGACAUGGAAAAACUCCCAGCUAUGAAGAAGUGUGAAGUGGAAUCACAAAGACUACCCAGCAAACACACACACAAACCUGACCAGGGGGAAAAAAAACUCUGAAGAGUGACUAUUUUACAAAGACGCAGAACGUCCACCGAAAGGCUCACCAGGAAGGGGCCACCUCCGGUCCGAGCCCAGCACCCCAACUCCUCGGCUCAGCCACAGUCUCGGUCUGCCAGGGGGACGUGAAGAUGAAAGAGACGAUGCCAUCGCAGGACAGCAUUUGCCGGAUAUGCUGCCGGGGCAUCUAUAGCUGUCACUGGAGCCAGCGCACUAAGAGAGAGAGGAGAAGGCAGAGAUGUCCAUGCUGCUGGUUCCUCAUCCUCUCAGUGGUGUCACUGCUCACCAUCUUCUGGAUGUACGUCUGCCUCAUGGCUGUCAAUGACCAGGAUGACGUCAACUGGUUUGCCUUCUCAAAACUGAAGAAGCGGAUUGAAUGGAUCAAUUGGUUCAUGGUGGUGGUCGUUGUGGCUGCAGUACUGGUCACAUACUGCUGUCUGUUGCUGCUGUUUGCACUGUUCCAAGUUGCCUUGAGAGAACCUCUGGAGCUGCACUGGAUCCACAAGGUAUUCUUGUUUUUAGCGGUGCUCAUCAUUGCCGGAGGGAUUGCUGGGAUAACCUUCAAGUGGAAGGAAGAAUGGACCACGGUGCAUCUGUCUCUGCAGGCGACAGCUCCGUUCCUGCAGUUGGGUGGUGUGGUGGCCCUGACUCUCCUCAGCAGUUUUGUCUUCCAGAGGGUGGUCAGAAGCCAGAGAGGAGUGUCCAGGUUCAUAAUCAUGGUGGCCUUUGUGGUGGUGUCGGCCGCAAUCUUCCUCUGCCCCCUUGCCAUCACAUCCCCCUGCCUGCUGGACAAGCCUCCCGAAAAACCAGCGCUCAUCGGCCACCGAGGAGCACCCAUGCUGGCACCAGAGAACACCCUGAUGUCAUUCGAACGGAGUGUGAAGUGUGACGUGAUGGCCUUUGAGACAGAUGUGCAAGUCAGUAAGGAUGGCGUUCCAUUCCUAAUGCACGAUGAUGACAGCGUAAGAACGACUGAUGUGGCAAAGAUAUUCGAGGGGAGGGAAUUUAACAAGUCUUCCAGCUUCACCUGGGCGGAGCUACUGAAACUGAACGCAGGAGAAUGGUUCAUCAGGACUGACCCCUUUGGCACAGUCUCCUCCUUGUCAGAACAGGAGAAGGCAAUCGCCAAGAAUCAGAGCAUCCCCUCCCUUGCGGAGCUGCUCACCCUGGCAAAAAAGUCCAACACCUCCCUCAUCUUCGACCUGAAGAAUGAAGCACAUAACAACAGUGACUGGUCCCACGCUGUGGACACCAUCCUCAAAUCCAACAUCUCUCAUGCCCAGGUACUGUGGCUGCCCUCCACACACAGGGACGAAGUGAAAGAGAAGGCACCAGGGUUUCAGCAUGUCUACAGCAACAAGACGCAAAUGGACCUUGAGAGAGGGAACUGGCUGAACCUAAAAUACAAUACAGUGGAUUCUAAGAACAUAAAGGAGCUAAGGGCAAGGAACAUAUCAGUGAACCUUUGGGGGGUGAACGAGCCCUGGCUCUUCUCUUUGCUGUGGUGUUCCGGCGCCAGCUCCGUCACCACCAACGCCUGCCAUCGUUUCAAGGACAUGAACGAGCCCAUCUGGUAUAUGAGUCCUAACCGGUACAAAAUCAUAUGGAUAUCUGUGGAUGUUGCAUCAGUACUUCUGAUGUUGAUGCUGUUUCUCUUGCAAUGGAAACAUAGGCAGAGAAACAGAUCGGCACUUUGGAACCAGGCAGAACUCCACCCAUUCUUGCCUUCUAAUUAGUUCACAUCAUGGAUGAUUGCUGGUUUGCGACCGCUUUGAAGAUCACAAGGGCUGUGCUUGUGGCAAAAGCUCUCUCCCCCAUGGGCUACCUAAACUAUGUUGAGUAGUGGAAAUAGCUGUGGCAUAUGGACAGGAAUAGUGACAUUGCAUCAGUCUAUCUCCCUGAUAACGGCAAACCUCUUUUUCAUUUGAUGUAAGAUGUGCCAUGUUCCACUUACCUGCACUGAAACUGCUGAGCUGGCCCAACACUGCCCCCUACUGAAGCAACUGGCACAUUCAGAAGUGCUGUCUGUGUUUAUUGUGAAGGUCCUCCUUAAGUGUCUACUGCUCAAAACUGCGUGAUGGUGAAGAGAAACAUGAUUGUAACAGGAAACUUUUUUUUUAUAUUCUCAAUUUUUAUGGGAAGAAUAGCACUUUAAAUAAUGCAAACUCUCUACAGUGUAGGCAAUUAAAUGUCAUAAUAACAAAUUAAUUGACAAUGUAAAGAAUGUGUAGAUAUGGGUUGUCACUGACUGCUUGUAGCGUGAUUGUUCUUUCUGUUUAUUUAACAAUGUUUUUAAUCUGAGACUGAGAGUGGUUCAUGUAAAAUGAAAAGAGAAAAUCUGAAAUACAGGCAUUUUAGUGGGUUAUUGCUGCGAAUGGGUGUGGUGCUGUUUUGUACUAUUUGUCAGGCGUUAACAGCAGAGUGUCUGGGAAAGGUGUAUGUUUUAUAAUAAUUAUUUUAGUUGUAUUCAUUGUAAUAUAAUUUUGAUGAAG